AUGUUAUACUUCUUUACUUUUGGUGAAUUCAUUUGCCAAAUUGAACGAUGUUCAGAUAACCACACCUUUCGACCACACUCAUCACUUGAUGGCUUGCAUCUGUCUCCAACACUCAACACAUUGCUUAUCAUGAUCCAAUUUCAUUUCCCAUCAAAUUUCAGCCGCAUUCUUCACGACUCAUGGGCUUACUACUCGAGUCACAUAUCAGCGCUCUUCAAUUUCAUCAUUUAAAUCUAUAUGUCGAUCACAGUGCAACGAAAUACCUCACAAGAACCACUCUAGUAGCCAAGUGACGUGAAAAACGGCAGGCCACAAGAGCUUUAAACAACAACGACAUGGCCCUAUCUUAUUUGAUCCGGUCACUGAACCUUCGGAAGAAACGGUUAACGAACUUCAAACAACAAGUGCCAGGCUCAAAGAUAUGAUGAAUGCGGCAAAGCGGCAACAAUGAGCUCCUAAAUCUGCUCAGCUCAGUGUUGCACAAGUCCUUCAAGACUACGGUUCACGGUCCCGGGACCCAUACUCGCCGAAUGGGCUUGUAGAAGGAUCGUCUGAAGGUGGUAUUGGAAAGAGAAUGGAGGUCUGACGAGGUAGAGGAUGAAAGAUGACAGUAGACAUUUGGAAGAAGAUUUUACAGGCAGCGAAGCUCUGGAAUUUGACAAACUGAGUGGAGAUUGCUAUGGGAAGGCUGAGAGGAAGUCUAGUGCUGCAGGAG